CGCACCAAACAAUAUCCAUCUCCUUUGAUCCAAUAUCUAGCAAUAGAAUAGCAAACCACCCUCCUUGCCAAAAGCCCCACCCAAGCUACACAACCAUUACCAAAUUAGUGCAAAGUCCACUACUUGAAGCAGGACUACAUGGGCAGGUCCCCUUGUUGUGAGAAAGGUCACACAAACAAAGGAGCAUGGACAAGCGAAGAAGAUGAGCGUCUCAUAGCUUAUAUCCAAACUCAUGGAGAGGGUUGUUGGAGAUCACUCCCAAAAGCUGCUGGCCUUCUCCGUUGUGGUAAGAGUUGCCGUCUUCGAUGGAUUAACUAUCUUCGCCCUGAUGUUAAGCGGGGUAAUUUUACUGAUGAAGAAGAUGAACUUAUCAUCAAGCUACACAGCCUUCUUGGUAACAAGUGGUCAAUAAUAGCAGCAAGGCUACCUGGAAGAACAGAUAAUGAGAUCAAGAAUUACUGGAAUACCCACAUAAAGAAGAAGUUACUGAGUAGAGGUAUUGACCCCUUAACACAUCGAUCGAUCAAUGAACAAGCUGCUAUUCACAGCAUAGAUACUGCAGUUACGAGAGAAGUUGUGAAGACCAAUAAUGAGCUUAGUUACAUAAACCAGAACGACCCAGAUGGAGAAAAGUAUCCAGAAUUGAAUCUUGAGCUGCGGAUAAGCCCUCCCUCUUCAAACCUGUCUCAGGUGGUGGACAAAAUAGACAGAAAGGUUAUUUGCUUCUAUUGUAGUUUGGGACUGCGAAACAGCAAGGAGUGCACUUGUGGGGGAAGUAGAAGUAGAACAUGUGAGUUUUUGUUCUUUACGAAUGGGGUUUUGGAUUAUAGAAAGAUGGCUUUGAAGUGAGAAUUUAAUUACAAAAUCAACUAUAGUUUAAUGUGUUUAAACUUCUCUACUUCCCCUCUGGGUUGUAUCUAUACAAUACACUUUAAACUGACAACACUUCAAUGAAGAUUUAGCAAUGUUUGGCCACAUAUUCAAAUCUUUUAUAAAAUCUCUGAAUGUUUCUUAUUCCAUUUGGAAAAAGGAAACUUUCUUUUUUUAUUUUAUUUUGAAGUAGAUUAAUGAACUAUCUUGGAAGAUGAAAGGUGAAAGUAACAUGGAGCCGAAGGAGUGAGUAACCUAUCUUAGUCAUGCAUUAAAGAAGAGCGAGAAUAGGCGUGAAAGCGAAAGCCAGAGGAAGAGAGAGGACAGGCAGUGGCUUCAAUAUUCAUUGCUAGAUUGCUACCAUCUUACGCAGUUCUGCCCACCAAACAAUUAUUGUGCCAGCUGCCGACUGCAUGCAUACAAAAAAACAAAACCGGAUUUCGUAAAACUUGUCUAUGCUAUUUUGUUUCCGUAAAAUGCUGACAAAAUAGCCUAAUUAUAAUUAAUCUGGAUUUUGCUUUAUUAGCCGUUACAGUGCCUUGAAAAAGAAGGGAAGUUAUUCAUAUUUUCAAGAGAACAAACAGAUGCUGCUACAUUUCCAUAUGUAACGCAAGCUAGGGGGCCCAGGGGGAAAAAGUUGGCUCCGUUGGUUAAAGGUCCAUGAACCACGAUCAUCUAUGGCUGAUGCAGGCAGAGCAAUUAGUCUUUGACAAAAGAAAAACUUAUAGGAGCUUGCCUAAAAUGAAGUGGCUUGGAGGGUAAAAAUUUGACCAACUUUUCUUUCCCCAGGAAUGACAACGCGUAGUGAUUGAGAUUGCAGUAGCUAGACCAUAAUAACUAGGGAAAACCACCUCUUCCUUAAUUUCUCCCUGCUGAUGUUAUUUUACGUGCUUUCGUGACUAACACAGUUUCAAGGUCACGGUGGACGAUUGUCACAGGGUAGGUAAGGAAUGUGAAUUGAGAAAAUUUCGUCGCAACUCCUAAUUAACAGUCUUUUUCUUCAUCAAUUUUUAAUUAAU